GGUACACAACAGCACUUCUGCUUCUGAAUUGUUCCUUGCAGACUCAGCCUUGUGAAGAAGCUCAAUAACCCAGUACACCACCACGAGGGGCUCGACUUUACGAAAAGCAGCAUUCUGUCCCAAUUCUCCAAUCCGGUUGAUCUCCUGGGAAAGUUGGGCUGAGGGAGUCUUUUACUGAAAAGGUACCUCUCCAUUGUUCAAUCGGCGACACGUUGUAUCGAAUUGACCUCGCUUCUCAGCCAUCUAGAAAAGGCCAGAUCCUAAACACAUCUACUCAUUCAGAUCCGAUAUCACCUUGCAUCCUCACACACAAUGGCACAAAAAGCGAAGAAAGACCGGGCAAAGGCCAACAUUCAAGCACUAAACUACCUCCAUUAUGGGACAUUUCUUGCAAAUGCUUUGUUCUGCCUCUUCCACUUCUUAAUACGAUCAAGAAAUAUGUGGGCAUACGUGCUUUUCUCACUUGCACCCUGGGUUAUUGAAUGGUUCCUUGAACAGAACAGUCGCCCCAAAUUCGAUCAAGCUGGCAAGAUGGUGUCUGCAGGAGAAGACCUUGCAGCACCAGGACUAACAGAAUACAUGUUUGACAUUAUAUGGAUGCAUUGGCUGUCAUUGCUUGUUGUUGUUAUAUUUGGUAACUGGGGCUGGCUCAUUUUCUCGGUCGUGCCUAUAUAUGGACUUUACAAGGUUUUUGGUCUGUGGUCGGGAGCAAAGGGCAUGAUGGGCGGUGGUCAGAAAGCCCAAGCACCCGAAGAACAAAUGCCAAUGGCAGGCAAUAGAAGACAGAGGAGACAGUAGAGUCGCUUUUCUGCUUGUGUUUGAUGGUUUACUGUAUAUGGUUCCAGCCA